AUGUCGACUGUUGAAACGUCUUUGCGUAUUGCGGUGGUCACUGGUGCCGCUCAGGGCAUGGGAGAAUCUAUCGCGCUGCGUCUCGCUGAGGACGGCCUGGACGUUGUCGUGAACGACCUUCCAACUAAGUCUGAGCAACUCAAGGCGGUAGUGAAGCGAAUUGAGGCCAAAGGAAGACGUGCGAUCGCCGUUCCUGGGGAUGUAUCGUCCGAGGAGUAUGUGAAGGCCUUGGUUGGCAAGACCGUGGAAACCUUUGGCUCAUUGGACGUGAUGGUUGCGAACGCCGGCGUCAUGGUCUCCAAGCCCAUGCUCGAGACCACGUCUGGAGAUAUUGAUCUCGUCUGCUCCGUGAACGGCAAAGGCUUGUUCUGGUGCUUCAAGUAUGCCGCGCUGCAGAUGAUCAAGCAGGGCCGAGGUGGCAGGAUUAUAGGGGCUUCGGCCGGUGAUGGUAAGAGAGCUGCGGCAAAUAUGGGUGCUUACAGCGGAUCAAAGUUCGCUGCUCGCGGGAUCAUUCAGAGCUGUGCUUCGGAAUGGGCAAAGCAUAAGAUCACUGUGAAUGGCUAUGCCCCGGGUGUCAUCCUCACUCCGACGACUUUGCAUGCUGACGAUACUAACAACGGGGGAUCAGUCUCGACGGCGAAGAAGUUCGCAGGAUCACCCCUUGAUGUCCCGCAAACUGAACCGACGGUCAUUGCGAGCUUUGUCUCCUAUCUCGCGAAGCCGGAGUCGUUCUUCAUCACUGGUCAAUGCAUCAAUGUUGACGGGGGUCUUUAG